GUGCGGAAAUGACAACGCCCUUGGUGACGACGAGUUCUUGGACGAAGUUGCCAACGAUAAUGAAAACGAACAGAGCGGUCGCCCCGGUGGCGCUCCCUCCCUUGUUGAGAAGCACGCAACGACAACGACAACAGCAGCAGGCUCAAGUGCUGACCACCAGAAAGCAGAGUCAGCUAAUAUGUCUGCUGGGAUUGGAGCGGCUUGGAUGCGCACACCUAACCCUUGGAGCAUGCACGACGCAGAUGAAGAUCGCAAACAGGAGCGCAGCAGACACUGCGACGAUUUGUUCGUGCAGGAUGUUGACGCGGAUCCAGGAGCAGCUGGGACAUUUGCGAUCCAAAGCUUUAUCGACGGAGAUAGAGACAACAAGGUCCGCUGUGAAGGAGGGGACGUUGGCAUCACGUAUGACGAAUAUGAGGAAUGGCGUGCACUGGUAAAGCGGGACAUGGAUCUGCAGGCUGACGGCAGCACCGUGCCUUUUCGAUACAGGAAGUAUAGUGUGACUUGCUACCCCAACGGAAAUCGAGAAAGUCAAAACUCACUUGUGGCGUGUGGUCGUAGGGAUAAGGUGGUUGUCGAACAAGAGACAGGGCAGCGCGGGGAUGCGGCCGGCAGCUGCAGGACAGACCACCAAGAUAUCGAGGGCCAGAUAAAGAUGAAUCUGCCUGCUCAAACAGCGCCAACAACUGAGGGCGCGGCAUCUUCAAGGAAAGCAACAGCCUCUGUCACACCCCUCAGCGCUGAAGCUCACGAGGCUAUUCGGCAGGCGAAACAGACCGCGAACACCUCCCAAUCUCUCCACCCUCUGUUUGGAGACAAACGUCCGAUCCAAGCUCCGUUCUCGACAUUCGAGCACUCGCUCGGAAUCGGGGGCGAAAGAGCUGGUCUGGAGCUGGACCAAAUUUUCCACGACAGGUGGAUUUUCGGCAAUGGAGCUGAAAGUGAGUUCUGGUCAAGAGAGUUGCUGCAUGUCGACGAAACGACACAAGACAUGUUUUCGCUUCGCGACAGGCACCAGGGUGAUUGUCAUCUCCCCGGGGGUGGAAGCUCUAGUGCUACUGCCUUUCCGGCGGGACCAAAGCAGAUUGAAGAUAGCGCGGAUGAUCUUCACAAGAGACGUGAAGGAAUGCUCUCAACAUCUUCUCCAGUAGUUUACCGCUUUGGAGGGCAGAACUGCAGACAGUCAUCGUACGAAACUACCGAGGACGGGAACCGAACCGCUGGCGUGAGUAUGACCGUGAGCGACACCGCAGCAGGCCACUGUUCAUCUCUCGGUGCUCCAAAAACCGUAGGCGACCAUCUGCAGUUUUCAUCUGCAACCGAGGAUGGUGAAGGCGACGUUGCGGUGGAAACGGAAGAGAACGGCAAUGGAAGUGUCUGGGAGUAUGAUAGGAGCGCAGAGAGGGUCUUUCUCAGUACCAACGCUGCCUACUGGACCGAAGACUUUCAGAUGCAUGGUUUUGCGUUCAACAAAGUGGAGUACACACUGCACAGUGAGGUGGAAUGCUUCACGAUCCCCAUCACAUUCGGCAGCUAUUUGAGUCACCUGAAGACGGGACGCCACAGCACCACCACCAGCAGAGUGAUUUACAACGACAAUUAUCUACGAGCGUUUGGUGGGGGAGGCAGCUACGCGUCUUCAUGGCAGCGCAGCGCUGAGGGGUCAGGAAUAGGCAGCGCUGCAGCACAUCAACAUAGUGGUCAUAGAGGAUCUUCUGAUGGUGAAUUAUAUCGGAACGCCGGCUCGUCCCCGACAGCGACAACCUUGCUCACGCGACACAGUCUGCACUACCUCGGCAUUCAUUCCGAGGAAGAGGAGGUGCCACCCGAACAGCAAGAGGCAUACUACAGCCGCCUGGACCGGUACAUUGCAACCUUGCAGCCGAUCGCUCUGGGGGACGUGGACUUUGCCGGUGUUACGGAGCACCAGCUCAGCGCUUACGACUCUAUGCGCGACUGGGAGCACCGCAUGGCGAAGGCGCAACUUCACAAUACCUGCAGAGUUACCGUCACACGCGGGUGGGAUCUACAGCUCAGCGCCCAGCAAAGCGCGAAGAUCAACAGUCGCGCGCAAACAUUUUCUGCUGCGGAUGGGUCAGGCUCAGGAGCUGCUGGUCCGAGAUCGUCAGCAUGCAGUGGUGGAACACGAGACGACUAUCUACGACUUGGAGAGUUGGACCACCAGAACAAAACUUCGUUCGUUCUGCGCGUCAUGGACGGUGUCAAGGAUGUAGUUGCGACGAGUACAACUAACUCUAACUCAGAUGUAGCAGCAGCAAGAACUUUUUGUCAGCAGGGCGCAACCGGCGCUUUCGUUUAUUUAGCCAGUGACGAUCUGUAUGAGUCCAGCGAUGGAAAAAUCGGGGCUCCCUUUGAUGACGACGACCUGACGUUAUUUUCAUCUGUGCCGAGCCUGUCUCCCACCGAGACAAAACAGGGAAAAACUUUCUCCGCACAAGUGCCACACACUGCCUGCAAGAUUUUUGACAAGCACCAGAAGAAUCGUUACUUUCGCGAGUACGGGUUUUUGUCGAAGUACGGGGAAUAUGGCGCACUCACGGAGAAGCGCCGGCAGAACGAAAUCGUGAAAGAUCUCGUCUGCACUACGGUCCGCUACGUCGCGAGAAGAACAAACGGAGACGUACUAGGAUGCCAGGAUCCGAAAUGUGAUUCCUCUAGUUUGGCGUCUCCGUCUGCAGGACCAGGACCUCAAAAGCCACAGAAAAAUCCUUCUCAGGCGGCCGCGUCGAUGAAACUCUCAACUGCUCCAGAAAAUCCUGAUGGAGCAGCGACAGAUGCUAGGAAAACAAGUGGCACCAAAAGUUCUCACCAAAAUCCUGUGCCUUGGAAGCCGAUGUUUGUUGGCAGCAACGACGCCCUAAUGAAGCUGUUCGAGUGCUACAUUCUGGACAAACCGAUCAAAAAUCUGUGUGCGGCCCUGGUAGACAAACAAAUCCGCCUCUGGCUGGUGCCGGAUGAAACCUUCGACGAAAUGAAUCUCCGGCACUGCACAGACCUGUUUCCCUUCGGGCGUGCGGCUGUGAGAAACAAGGACAUGAUUAACAGCACGUGGGUGGCCCAGAAAAACGUGAUUGAAGCGAUGGGGCGGGCGGAGUCCCUGCUCGAUCUGGAAUCUCCAGUGAACGUGCACGACAACAAAGCUUGUUUGUCUUUCAACUUCAAGCUAGGUACCAUGGCUUCUAAUGGCCUUACUUCUUCAGAACUGAACCGCGUUUGUCCUUCGUAGAGUUCCCGUUCGCCCACGUGCAGUAGUGUAGCAAGAUCGUGCCCAUGAUUAUCAGCUCCAUUAUUGUUCUGGUUUCUCUUUCUGUUUUAUUUGUGAAGCAAGAGCUGGCUCCGGCUGUGCGUCUCGUGACACAAUCGUCUCAAUCAUGCGUCUAGUCGAUUCAUCAAAAACGCAGGGCACGCCGAGCACCUAUUUUGGAGCACUGGACAAGUGGACUUUGUCCGGGAAAAACAAGCAGACAACAGUGCGAGUCGGAAUCUUGAUCAAACGUCAGCGACAGCACAGACAAGCGUUACCUCAUCGCUUUACGGUAAAUUCAAAUGCACGACAUCCACAGUGCGCGAUUCAAAGCGGAAGAAGGGAAAAGGAAAGAAUGGCAAGACGGGAAAUAGAAAGCAAGGGUCGUCGUAUAAGUGGGUGUGGGAUGCAAGUGGGAACUGGUUCAAGCAGUACGAUAGUCCUCACUAUCAGGCAGAAGCUCCUCGCGGCCAUGUAGUUGUAGAAGAAGAUGCACCAGCAGGCGUGGAAGAUAAGAGGCCACAGUUCCACUUCGACGGAUGUCACGACACUGAGGGGAACGAGACGGAGUUUCCCAUGAAGUGGCACAAAGUCUUUGAGCUCUACAUGAACAUGAUCGUCCAUGGGUCAGAUCGGUUUCUUGUGGUUAUCCGCGAUCAUGUAAUUUUUUGCUGCAUGUCGUGCUGCUGAGCUGCCAACUGAGGUUUUUGAUAUACUCGUUUUGUUGUAUACCAAUCUUCUACUGAGUUUAGCCUUCAGCUCCGCUCUUUCUUUCGACAAUUACGAACAUCACUGACAUUUGACAGGCAACCGGUAAACUACGCGGCACACGCGCCAUCGACAAGCACGGCGCGGAUUGGUGGCAAGGUGCGGACUGUAUUGAGGCCGAGCUGACCAAAAGUCUCCUGAUGUUGGAGUGCUGGUUGGACCAAUUCUUACCCAGGCUCACGCACGAGUGCGUAAAACGAGCAGGCAAGGGGGUCAAGAUGGUAACGGAGGGCGGUCGGUCGGUGGAAUUCGUGGACUGCACAGAGGCCGAAGCGGAGUUCGGGGGGCGGUAUUGCCCUGUCUUCACCCAGCGGAGGGUCUGCAGUUGGAAGGACGCUCCACCGCAUUAAAAGUAGAUCAUCAUCUCAAAAUGAAAAUCUGAUAUGAGUGAUUCUUCCUCUGAAGACGACGUCAGAACGCGCAAGCAGCUACUGCCUUGUUGAUCACAGUGAUGCGGACGGUUGGGCUUGCGAUCAACAGCAAGGUUUGAUGGUUCAUAGCAGUUCAGGCACACUGCAGCUCGUAUACCUUACUCAAAUCUAAAGAAAAAGAGGAAGAACAGCCAAAUCAAGUACAAAAGAUGGCUGCUGCACUGCAUGUGUACCAGCGCGCGAUGUUUCAUAUUAUCGAGUAGACUAUUAGUAUUAGAUGAGACAAACACAAAAACUCGGAGCGACGCGACUCUACUCAUCGCUUGAAACCCUAUUCGCCUAUUUUCGAAACUCGAACAUUAAAAGCAAAACCCAUUCACAUUCACACACGAAGUCAUAGUACGUCACCACAUCUUCAG